GCAGGGCCGACCGACACAUGGAGAGGCUCGGGCUGCCGGGGGAGGCAGACAGUCGGAGCCCGCUGCCGCCUCGCUACCAACUUUUACUCCCAACCUAUGGAAGUCGGUGACCCGACAUGGCCAAGCGCAGCUCCUUGUUCCUGCGGGUCAUUGAAGGGAAGAAGCUACCGGCGAAAGAUCUAACAGGAAGCAGUGAUCCCUACUGCAUUGUGAGAAUUGACAAUGAGACAAUAAUCAGAACAGCAACAAUAUGGAAGACCCUGUCUCCCUUCUGGGGCGAGGAGUAUAAUGUUCAUCUGCCCAGUACCUUCCACUCCAUUUCUUUUUAUGUGAUGGACGAGGAUGCAAUCAGCCGUGACGAUGUUAUUGGGAAAGUUUCGAUAGCCAAGGAGGUUCUUAUUGCCAACCCGAAAGGUGUGGACAGUUGGAUGUCCCUAAGUGAAAUUGAUCCAGAUGAGGAGGUCCAGGGGGAGAUCCAUCUUCGGAUUGAGAUUUGCAGUAACGGCUCAAGCCCAAGGCUGCGUUGUCACGUGUUUGAAGCAAGAGACCUGGCCCGGAAGGAUCUGAAUGGAGCCUCGGAUCCCUUUGUCAGAGUGCAGUACAAUGGGAAGACCCAGGAAAGCUCUGUUGUGAAAAAAUCCUGUUACCCCCGUUGGAAUGAGGUCUUUGAUUUUGCCCUGGACAAUGCUGUGACUGAGAACACCUUGUACGUGGAGGUGUGGGACUGGGACCUAGUCAGUAAAAAUGACUUCCUGGGAAAGGUAGCCUUCAACAUUAACAAGCUCCAGGUGAUUCAGCAGAAGGAAGGCUGGUUCCUGCUGCUUCCCGAUAAGGCACGAAGGAGCGAAACUGAGGGAAACCUAGGUUCACUGCGUCUACAGCUGCGUCUGCGGGAUGAGAGCGUCCUUCCUUCCAACUACUACCAGCCCCUCACUGAGCUACUGCUGCAGUCCGUUACAGCCAACAGUGGUGAGAAGGGGAACCUGCUGGAACUGAUUGAUGAUCUCACUACAACUGAGAACAGACAGGAGGUUGCAACCAAUCUGGUUAAACUCUUCCUGGGGCAAGGGCUGGCAAAGCAAUUCUUAAACUAUGUCAUUAAGUUGGAACUGGAUAGAACAACUGAACCAAAUACAUUGUUCCGAAAUAAUUCUUUAGCUUCCAAAUCCAUGGAAUGCUUUUUAAAGGUGGCUGGGAUGCAAUAUUUGCACAGUAUCCUCGGACCAACCAUAAAUCGGGUGUUUGAAGAGAAAAAGUAUGUGGAGCUGGAUCCCAAUAAAGUGGAAUUCAAGGAAGCAGGUUGUUCAGGGCUGCACCGGUGCCAGAAUGAGAUGGAUAUAAUUCACCAAAGUGUGCAGUGCCUCCAGUCGUACCUGACAGAGCUGGUGGAAGCCAUAGUGACCUCAGCGGAACAGUGUCCCCCUGUGAUCAGAGCCACCUUCAGAGAUCUCUUCAAAAGUGUUGAGGCAAGAUUCCCUCAGCAUCGCUACCAGAACAUCAAGUAUGUAGCAGUCACCAGCUUUCUGUGCUUGCGGUUCUUCUCACCGGCCAUCAUGUCUCCCAAACUGUUUUACCUACGUCCCAAGCACGCGGAUGCACGGACCAGCAGGACGUUGCUGCUUCUGGCUAAGGCCAUCCAAAGCAUUGGAAACAUGGAUGCCAAUGAAGCUCGAGGAAAGGAAAUUUGGAUGGCACCAAUACAGAACAAUAUUCAACACGGGGUUAUAUUCUUUAAAGAGUUCAUCAUCAAAUUAAUUGACAUUGAGGAGGAUCAAGAGCUGGAUCGUCAAAGACGUGUGACACUGCAAACAUCUACCAUUAAAGAAGGAUAUUUAUUAAUGCACCGAGCCAAGGAGAGAGGGAUCCUGACGUCAUCUCACUUCAAAAAGCAUUAUUUUUGCUUAAACUGUGAAUCACUGUGUUAUGCCAAAAUGCCAAAUGCGAAGACCAGUGCAUUUAUUCCACUGUCCAAGAUCAGAGCAAUUGAGAAAGUUGAUGAGAAGUGUUUUGGCAGCCCAUAUGUCAUGCAGAUCAUUUCAACAGAUGGCAGAGGACAAUUUGAAAUCAUGUACUUACAGUGCAAGAAUGUGAAUGAGCUCAACCAGUGGCUGUCGUCAUUGAGGAAACACUGUGUCAGCAACGAACAAAUGCUCAACUCUUACCACCCUGGAGUGUUCAAAGGCGAGAAGUGGGGCUGCUGCCACCAAAAGGAGAAAACAGCUCCGGGAUGUGACAAAACCCAUUUUGGUGUGACGCUCCAGGAGUGGAAUGAUCCGCUUAAUCCUGAUUUAGAAUCCCAUCUGAUCUACAGGCAGCUGCUUGCAAUCCGGGACACGUUAAUACAAAAGUACAUGAAACACAAAGAGAGGAAUGACACCACAGCCCCAGUCAGUUCCAGUGAAGAGACCAAUACGACGGACAUCCCCAACAAACUUUACCAAAUCAUCCAGGAUCUGGAGCGGGCUCACCGAAACUUUGACCAGUGGGAGACAUCAAUGAACAAGAAUAUGUCUGUCGAACUGCUCACGUAAUUUUAUCAAAGCCGGAGGUGUACUUGCGGUCGAUCUGACGAAUGUUUCCAGUUACAUGAGAUACAUUUAUUACUACAUUGCAGUUGUAUUUCAAUCUCCUUCCACUAAUACCUGGCCCAGACUUUCGAAUCCGUUUUGAAUUAUGCAAAACAUAGUCCUUGGCAAAAAAAAAUGUAAAUGUGUACUUUCUGUAAUUAAUCUAUUUGAAUUGUUUGUAAAUGUAUUUACAUCUCAUUUCAUAUUGACAGAGAUCCUAAUACUGCAGCUUUGACCAAUCUCUGCCCUUAACCCAAUGGUACAUCUGGUUUCCUGACUAUUGGUUGACCUUCUAGCUGCACUGUACAGAAUGGCAGGUUGCUUCUAAUUGAAGAAUCUUGGCGCCAGACCGUUGUCAGCAUGGAUACUGGAUUUUCUGUAAUCGGCAUAAAGAGGCCACCCAGCUAACACCAGGUACAUUCUUCCAGUAGAACUGUGGCCGCACAUGUUGGAAUGAGGCACCAUCCAGCUACAAGCAUUACGAAAUUCCAGACCGACCAUCCGUUUAGGUGGCUCUUAUUUUCCUCUGCAAAAGGACAGUUAUUUAAUUGUUGUGUCUUGUUAAUACAAUAAAGCCCAUUCAUUGCCAGGAUUGAGGGAGUUCCUGUUAACCGAACCUUCCUGCCCCUGAGGUCUUGCAUCCCGGCUCCUCAGCUCCCGUAGACCAGGGAGAAGAACACAAUCCUAACUUGACGGCCCCUCAAUUCUUGCUUGGUUUGUUAGUGUAUCUGCCUCGCAAGAACUCUAAUAUCACCGCACGUCGUUUACAGUGGCCGUUCCAGAAGGUGGUUGACCACCACCCUUAGGUCAGUUAGGAAUGGAAAUAAGUGCUCGACCAAAUCCACCAGAGAUGAUAAAACUAAAUGGAAAUUCUAUGCAAUGGCAUAUUCCCAACCCUGGAUCUAACUUUGAAACAGAAAGCUUCCACUGGGUUCCUCUGCAGCAAGAAAAACUUGGUAAAUAAUUUCUAAUUCUCUUAUAUGAGUCCACAAUACACCUAAUGACCAUUUUCUAAAUACCAUCUGAAAGCCACAGCAGUUGGCUUUCACUAAUAUCGGUAACGGAGUUGGUAACCUGUUCAAGGGAGAGAGAAGAUGGAACACAGAAGAGUACAGCACAGCAACAGGCCAUUCAGCCCACAGUGUUGUGCUGUACCAGCUAAAAAGCAAAUCAAAAACACCCAAACACUAAUCCCUCCUACCUGCACGAUGUCCACAUCCCUCCAUCUUCCUCAUAUUCAUGUGCCCAUCCAAAUAUCUCCUAACAGCCUCUGAUGUAUUUACCUCCACCACCAUACUAGGCAGAGUUUUCCAGGCAUCCGUGACACAAAACUUACCCCUCACGUCCCCCUUGAACCUACCUCCUUUCACCUUCAAAGCAUGCCCGCUGGUAUUAGACACUUCUACCCCUUCAGAAUUUUAUAAACCUCGGUGAGAUCUCCCAUCAGCCUCUGCCACUCCAGAGAAAACAACCCAUGUUUAUCCAGCCUCUCUUGAUCCAAACCAGGCAGCACCCUCUCAACACCCUUCCUAUAGUGGGGCUUCCAGAACUGUACGCAAUACCCCAGAUUGGCCUCACCAGAGUUGUAGAAAGUUGCAAAGAGAUAUUUUGUGGUUAGCUGUGAUAUUGCCCAGAGUGAGUCUGACAGGGAGUCCAUUAUGUGGCCAGUGGUCUGACCUGGGUAGGCCCAGUCACAAUUUGGGCUAUUCCUCACACCUCACUUGAGGAGCUGAUAGUUACAUCUUCCCUGGCCUGUAGUCAUGUGACCAAGCUUUGACCAGACCUUCCUUGAAGGUUAAAGCUUGAUAUUUCACCAAGUUACAUCUGACUUUUUGUUUGUAGCCAAUUAGAAGGUGAGCCCCUGAGAACAGAAGCUGUCAUUAGUUUGCAAGUUUUGGAGGGUUCACCAAGAAUUUCAGAUGGCUGAGUAACCCAAAACCCUUUGUCCUUUGGGGACAUUUUAUUGGCUGUCAGUUGAUGAGGUUCUUUGAGGAUGAUUCUUUCCUUCCAGUCAUCAAGAGGUUUAGUGGAGGUUAGCUCAAGAAGUCACUUAAGCCAUGCUACGACUUGGUGCUUCGGAGACUAUUCCGUGGGUUCGGAGAUACAUCUCCCAUCUGUGUGUAAGAUGUCCUUCCUCUUUCCAGGAGCCAAUCACUUGAGUGGGAUCCGGAAACAGAGGAACAAUUUGUUGGAGAGAAGUGGUUGUAACUUGUGUGGGGAAAGGACUCCCUCCAGUGGUGAUCUGUGUGUAUUUCCCAUAUCCACAAACUCGGUGUGAUUUGGCUUUGGGAGUUUGUGAAUGUUGUUCAAGACCAACAUGAGUGAGACUUGGCGAUGUUGCAGGUUCAGGGUAAAGAGCUGCCCUCUUCAAGAGCAGAGUGGUGGGUCGUCCUUACUGUUGUGAGUGGUCUUCCUUACUCUCUGAUUCCAGGUUGUGCUGGAAAUAAAGUCUUUACACGCAGUGCCCCAGACGUUGACUGCCAAAGUUACUGGUAUAGGCACUGAAAAUAUAGACAUGGGGCAUUUGGUUGGUUUGUAGUGGCCUGUUUGCCUAUGGAAUAAAGACAGCAUCAUUUUAUAUCCCUUGUGAUUUUGGUGAGGCUCUCCUUGGUGUUCUGGUUGGAUGGAGCAAUCUGUGAAGGGGCUGUUUAUGACUACAAUACUGUCAGCAUAGGAUGGACUUUCUGUUUUGAGCUGUUGUAUUCCAACUACUGUUCUUUUUGUGUUGCCUUGUUAUCUUUGAGUGAAUCCAUUUACCAGCGGGCCUGUUAAUGCUGGGCUGGGAGGCACAAGAUCCUGGGGUCUAUUGCCUUCCUGGCAUCACUUCCACGUUUCAGUGUAUCAUAGAAACAGCACUCUGAUGUUGGGAAUUUUAAAUUAAAAACCAAGGUUUGGGAACACUUUGGAAACAGGUCAGGUAGCAUCUGCGGAGAGGGAUUGAGAAAUAGUGUGUCUCACCCAACAGUUCUGAUUUCACUGAACAGUUGCUCAUCAUCCUGUCGAAGAAAUUUGUAAUGAGACAUCUGGGGACAACAUUUGUCUCAUACUCCCACCUCUGAGCAAUAUUCAGAUUCGAUGUUCUGCUCAGAGAAAAAACUGAGCACCUUUGCAUUCCUAGACGUUUAAAACCAGCUCAUAAUGUGUACAAAUUCCCCAAGAUAUAUCUUGAAAGUGGAGGUUGAUAGAGGCUGGAAUGUUGAAGAAGAAAAAUAUUCCAGUGAGAUGUUCCACUUUAAGCAGAUUUGAAAUAAGUCCUGGGAUUCUUCCAGACCUAGAGAUGUACCUACAAGGAGUCUGUUUUAUUUAAUUGUGUCUGUACUCCUACCAGGCCUCUUGGUUCUCACUGGCACUUUAAUUAAAUGGCAUAUCUGCUCACCUGACUUACUGACCAUGGUGUAAUGAAUGAUUCACUUUCUGUGAACAUUUGUGAGAUAUUGUUCUAGAUGCAUGUAAAUUUACCUUUUAUAAUCUGUUUAAGACAAUAAAAAGUAACUUGUUGAUUGUA